AUGGUCGGGUGCUUGAAGCUGUGCCGCCAGUUGGCAUCUGGUCAGCCAAUUACUGUACAUUGUUCAGCGGGCAUUGGAAGGUCAGCCACUUUUGUAGCAAUCGAUUACGCAUGGCAGAAAAUUCGCGAGAACGGCGAUGUGCUGAUGAUUGAUAUUUUGAAGGAAGUACGACAACAGCGAUUCCAUGCCAUUCAGUCACCCAUCCAAUAUAUAUUUUUGCACAUGUGUCUUCUUGAAAUGGCCAGCGAGGUAAGAGCUCUUGAAAGCUCCUCAUCUUUGCAGAUGAUUCAUUUCAUAAGUGAGAAUACAAGCGAAUCUGUUUUCGGUUACCUAUGA